UCUCCUUUGUGCGGCGCUCGAGUUGCGCCGCUGUACAGCGGGACAGUAUGUGGGCACUGCGAGGGCUCUUCUCUUCUGCCCCAACUCUGGAAACAAUGGACUGAAAGGGGAACAUGGAUUGAGGGGCGCGAGCGGGGAAGCGAGCUGUACGGGGGAAUCAUGACUUCUGCCGCUGAAAUUAAGAAGCCACCAUUGGCCCCCAAGCCAAAGUUUGUGGUGGCAAAUAAUAAGCCAUCUCCGCCUCCUGUUGCACCUAAACCCGACGUUGUGAUUUCUAGUGUUCCACAGUCAGCAAAGAAAACCAAACCAGCAAUAGCCCCGAAACCAAAAGUUGUGAAGAAGGCACCUGUUCAAGACAUUGAGCAGUUACCAUCAAGGAAAAUCACCUCAAACCUGGAAGAGCAUAAACAGGAAUUACCUGAAAGCACUGACAACUUUACUUGCAAGAAUGUAGGGGAACAGAGCAACAAUUAUAUUUUACCAAUGUGUCCUGACAGUUCCGAGUGUAUUCAUAAGCUUGGGAAGAGAGACAAUUUGUGUGUAAAGCAGCUUGUUUUAGAGCCCCUAGAAGCAAAUGAAAAUUUAGAAAAUAGUAAACUUGAUGAGUCCUCUUUGAAUAUAAAAACUAGGAGUAAAUGUGUUUCUCAUGGUGAAAAGGUCAGGAACCAGACUGGUGCAAUUUUAAAGGCAAGCGUCCUAGAAGAAAAACUCAAAAAUGUUUUAACUCAACGAACAUCACCUUUCAGUUCCCUACAGAAGCACAGAUCCACAGACAAUCCAGAAAUGAAUUGUGGCUGUAAUCCUAACAGACAAGUCAGAAUUGAAUUUUCAGAUUUGUCACCUUCCCAUCUCAAUUGCCAUGUACAGCUUCCUAAUGAAUUUCAGAAUUUUGAAACCUGUCAAAAUGGCAGUGAAAAAAGCAUUAGUUACUUUCAUUCAUCUGAACUACAAGCCCUGGAAAAUGGUAAAAGGAGUACUUUUAUAUCUUCGGAUGGAGUUGGCAAGAAAUCAGAAGUCAAAGACCUCGGUCCCUUAGAAAUUCACUUAGUACCAUAUACCCCCAGAUUCCCAACUCCCAAGCCCAGAAAGACACACACUGCUCGUCUGUUACGCCAAAAAUAUGUAGAUACUCCUAGUGAAAGUACUGAAGAACCAGACAAUUCAGAAAGUAGCUCCACUUGUCUUAACAAAGACAGUUUGAAAAACAGUAAAAUCAGUGUUCUUCAUCACAGUGUUUUGUGUAACCAGGAACAGGUGGGCAAAGUGAAACCAGGAAAUAAAAGUGAUUUGAAUAUGGACCCCAGCAGUGACAGGCAGGAUCUGGUCAAUUCACAGAAAGCUGUGUGUCAUGAAACAUCUUCCUCUGAAAAAAUGGUACCUUGUUUAGGUACAAACUCUAAUUUGAGUUCUGACAGCACAACAGUAGAUGGUUCUGAUAUGUCACUUGCUAUGGACACAGAAACCAGUUUUAUAAGAUGCAGUUCUUUAUCUAUGAGCCUGCCUAAGCAGCUCAAAUUAACUUGCAAUGAACAUUUUCCUACUGCCUGUAAGCUGGGAGUGUCUGCCACUCAAAUGCAAAAGGAAUCUGUAAUAAAAGAGGAAAGUUCCUCAAGAAUUGUCCCCAAAAAACCUCAGAGACACAGCUUGCCUGCUGCAGGAGUACUUAAAAAGGCUGCCUCCGAGGAGCUUGUGGAGAAAAUUUCUCCCUCAACUGAAGAAAAAAAUUCAGAGAAGGGUCUAGAAAGAAAUCACCCUCAGCAUUUGUGUGCUCAAAACCAUGGUAUGUCAUCAUCCUUUGAUAUGCCUAAACGGUCUUCAGAAAAGCCAGUGUGGAAAUUACCUCAUCCUAUUUUACCCUUUUCAGGGAACCCAGAAUCCUUGAAGUCUAUCACCAUAUCCUCAAAUAGUGAACCUUCAACUUCCCUAACCAAGCCUAGAGCAAAAUCAUUAUCGGCUAUGGAUAUGGAAAGGUGCACUAAAUCUUGCAAAGAUAGUUCAAAGAAAAAUUCUUUUAAAAAGUUGCUCCAUGUGAAACUGUCCAUCUGUUUCAUGAAGAGUGACUUUCAGAAAUUUUGGUCCAAGAGUAGCCAUCCCGGAGACGCAACCACAGGCAGCUUCUCUGGUGGGGAGCGGAAAGGCAUUGAAAAUGAUUGGCAUGGCUUGUUGGUAGAGGAAGAGAAGAGAAGUAAACCCAUCAAAGCAUAUUCUGCAGAUAACUGCAGCCUGGAAUCUCAAAAGAAGAGGAAGAAGUUUCAAGGGCUGACCAGUGCAGCUAAUGGACUAAGAGCUGAGUCUUUAGAUGACCAAAUGCUCUCCAGGGAGUCAUCACCUCAGGCGCCUUGCAAGUCUGCUACAAGCGGCUGUGCACCAGAAUAUGAAAAUAUACGCCAUUAUGAGGAAAUACCGGAGUAUGAGAACUUGCCGUUUAUUAUGGCUGGAAGGAAAACUCCAGAGUUAGAAUGGCACAAUUCCAGCAGCAUGGAGGACACUGAUGCAAAUGUGUAUGAGGUAGAAGAGCCAUAUGAAGCUCCAGAUGGCCAGCUGCAACUUGGACCCAGACAUCAGCAAUCCAGCGGUUCUGGAGCAUCCCUGGAUAGACACAAUGAUCUGGAUCUUGAUCUUGGUGACCUUCCCUCUGAUGAGGAGGAAGUUAUCAACAGUUCUGAUGAAGAUGAUGGCAGCUCCGAGUCUAGUAAAGGAGACCCUGACCCACUGGAAGAUAAGCAGGAUGAAGAUACUGGAAUGAAAAGUAAAGUUCAUCAUAUUGCCAAGGAGAUCAUGAGCUCAGAGAAAGUGUUUGUGGAUGUGUUAAAACUUUUGCAUAUUGAUUUCCGGGAUGCAGUAGCCCAUGCUUCCAGGCAACUUGGGAAACCAGUAAUUGAGGACCGGAUCCUAAAUCAGAUCCUGUACUACCUGCCUCAGCUGUAUGAGCUCAACCGGGAUCUCCUGAAGGAACUAGAGGAACGAAUGUUGAACUGGACUGAACAACAAAGAAUUGCUGAUAUCUUUGUAAAGAAGGGACCAUAUCUAAAAAUGUAUUCCACAUACAUCAAAGAAUUUGAUAAGAAUUUAGCUUUGCUGGAUGAGCAGUGCAAGAAAAACCCAGGUUUUGCUGCCGUCGUUAGGGAAUUUGAGAUGAGCCCACGCUGUGCUAACCUGGCCCUCAAACACUACCUCCUCAAGCCGGUUCAGAGGAUCCCCCAGUACAGGCUGCUGCUGACAGAUUAUUUGAAGAAUCUCAUAGAAGAUGAUGGAGAUUACAGAGACACUCAAGAUGCCCUUGCUGUUGUUAUAGAGGUAGCCAACCAUGCUAAUGACACCAUGAAGCAAGGAGACAACUUUCAGAAACUCAUGCAAAUUCAGUACAGCUUAAAUGGACACCAUGAAAUAGUGCAGCCUGGACGGGUUUUUCUCAAAGAAGGAACUCUGAUGAAGCUGUCUCGGAAAGUCAUGCAGCCCCGAAUGUUCUUCCUGUUUAAUGACGCCCUGCUGUAUACAACACCAGUGCAGUCUGGGAUGUAUAAACUGAACAACAUGCUAUCAUUAGCUGGAAUGAAGGUCAGAAAACCCACCCAAGAAGCAUAUCAGAAUGAAUUAAAGAUUGAAAGUGUAGAACGUUCCUUCAUUCUCUCAGCCAGUUCUGCCACAGAAAGGGAUGAAUGGCUCGAAGCCAUUUCCAGGUCAAUAGAAGAGCAUGCCAAGAAAAGAAUCACCUUCUGUCCUAGUAGGAGUCUGGAUGAGGCAGACUCAGAAAAUAAAGAGGAAGUUAGUCCCCUUGGAUCUAAGGCUCCCAUCUGGAUUCCUGAUACCAGAGCCACAAUGUGUAUGAUCUGCACAAGUGAAUUUACAUUGACCUGGAGACGACACCACUGCCGGGCCUGCGGAAAGAUUGUGUGCCAAGCUUGUUCAUCAAAUAAGCAUGGCUUAGAUUACCUGAAAAACCAACCAGCAAGAGUAUGUGAACAUUGUUUCCAAGAACUGCAGAAAUUGGAUGACCAGCACUCUCCUAAGAUUGGAUCUCCUGGAAAUCACAAAUCUCCUUCAAGUGCCUUAUCAUCAGUCUUACAUAGUAUUCCAUCAGGGAGGAAACAAAAGAAAAUCCCAGCUGCUCUUAAAGAAGUAUCAGCAAACACAGAAGAUUCUUCUAUGAGUGGCUACUUGUACAGAUCAAAGGGCAAUAAAAAACCUUGGAAACACUUGUGGUUUGUCAUAAAAAAUAAAGUAUUAUAUACAUAUGCUGCAAGUGAGGAUGUGGCAGCUUUGGAGAGUCAACCUUUAUUAGGAUUCACUGUUAUUCAAGUCAAAGAUGAGAAUUCAGAAUCUAAAGUAUUUCAAUUACUGCACAAAAACAUGUUAUUUUAUGUAUUCAAAGCAGAUGAUGCUCACUCAGCUCAGAAGUGGAUGGAAGCAUUUCAGGAAGGCACAAUAUUGUAGCAGUACUGGUCUCUUCUCUUCUGUGAUUCUAAGGAGGUGGGAUUUCAUCAGAAUGGAGUAAAUGCAAUUCAAAAAAUUUUAUAAAAAUGAACACUGCCACGAUAAAUCCAACCAAACUCUUCAUCAGAUAUAAGAAAUUAUUU